AUGAGGCAGAAGGCCUCGGUUGAGGUUGCGCCGGCUCAGCUCGACUCGAUGAAGGUUUGCAAGCCUUGUCACGCUCGAAAGGUGCUUUGCGACCUCGCUCGUCCCGUCUGCUCGGCUUGUCUCCGCUACAGCAAAGAACGACCGAGUCACCGCUGCGAGUACGGUCCGAAUGCUGCUAUGCCAGGCGAGGCCAAGUCUCUUCGACCCGACCGCAGCCUCGACGUCGACGAGACCUUCCAGCCGCUGCCGCGUACGAGGAGCGCUGCGAGGGCACUACUCGGCCCCGCUUCGAGCCGACCUGCUCCGCUUUCGGAGGGGAGGACGAAGGAGGAGGACGGGACAGGAUCGGGCGAAGGACCUGCGAACGAUGCAGUCCCCACGCCUGAGACUUCGCGCGCUCUACUCAACGACGUCCUUCUCUCACCCUCGCACAGCGUUCCCGCAUCUCUCGUUUACGCUUCAGGUACCGUCUCAAGCAAUCAGAGCGGUGGUGCAGUAUCGGCGGGGCAGACAGGCGAGGCGCCUCCCGAACCUGCGGCUCUCUCCGGCACACCACCUGCGACUGCACCCUCCUCUCGUUUCCUCGGCAGCAAUUCACAACAGCCGACCGUUCCGACAUAUCUUCCGCUCGCUCUCCUCACGCCCAACCAGCAGCUUCUUCCGCCUACUGCUCCUCCUGUGCCAUUCAUUUCGAUCUUCCAGCCUGAAGCGCCUGAAUCGGUAGACACGUCGACGCCUCCGAGUCGCCGAAUAUCAAUCGUCGGUGGGCAGUCAGCUGCCGACACCCGCCUUCCCUUCGCCCCGCCUCUCCCUCCUCGCAGCACAUCCGCUCUUGGGGCACAGUUGCCUGCCCUUCCACCUCUCCCGGCCGUGCACGCUCACGCCGCGAAUGGCCCCGCUUCUUUCGCACCCCCGCUUUGCCCGAAAUUCCCUUCGAUUCCUGACGCUCGUUCUCGCCAAUCGACCUCACCUCACCGCGACUUUGCCCGGCGGGCGCGUGCCGAACCUCCAGCCGCCACGCAGCCACAUCCGCACGACUCGACGACCUUCGCCAAUGUCGAUUUUAGCAGCGACUAUUCCAGCCGCCGUCCCACUGAACAGCCUCAGCACACUUUCCUUCCGCUCGUUCCGCCUCGCCCUGCCUCGGGCGGUCUCAACGCGGUUCUUGCUACCGGAACGUCCUCUUCCUUCGACACUCUCUACGCCUACAACUGA